AUGAUGCAUCAUAGAGCCAAACUACCUUCACUGCAGCUGCAACUGCAGCAGCAGCAGCAGCAGCAGCAGCAGCAACAGCAACAGCAGCUCUUGCUGCUGUUGCUGCAGUUUGUACUAAUGGCCGCUCCCCCUGGCGGGUCGCCGACAGCUGAAAAGAAAACGCAGCAGCAGCGCAGCAGACUGAGCCGGGUGGCUCAGCAGCAGCAGCAGCAGCAGCAGCAACAGCAGCAGCAGCAGCAGCAGCAGCAGCAGCAGCCGCAGCAUGUGAGGCAGCAGAAGCAACCGCAGCCACAGCAGCUGGCGACAAUCAGAAGGGGACCGAGAGCCGCGCAGCAGCAACACCACCCACAGCAGCAGCAGCAGCAGCAGCAGCAACAGCAACAGCAGCAGCAGCAGAGAGGGUUGCUAGAGCAACAACGAGAAGCCCAGCAGCAGCCGCUGCAGCCGCUGCAGCAGCAGCAGCAGCAGCAGCAGCGGCUGCAGCAACAGCGACGGCAGCCGCCGCCACAGUUUCCCCCUCAGUUUAAUUCGCAUCCAUAUCAGCAGCAGCAGCAGCAGCAGCAACAGCAGCAGCAGCAGCAGCAGCAGCAGCAGCAGGGCUCGGCCCCUAGCGGAGGACUGUCUGACGAAAUAGCAGAUCUCGUUUUGUGGUUGAAAGAAACAAAACAUCCGCUAGAAGGCCGUGUUAUAGCUAAAAGCAGCAGCUCCUUGCUGCUGCAGCUGCUGCUGCCAGCUGCAGCGCAGCAUCUGCUGCCUCCGCGUGUCUCCGUUGCUCGGCAUUUCUUCAUAAGAGGAGACGCGCGGGGGGGAGAGGGUUUGGGGGCCCCCCAGGGGCCCCCAAGCAGAGCCAAGGGGGCCCCGCAGGGGCCCCCAAGCAAAGCCAAGGGGGCCCCCGAGGGGCCCCCCAACCCCCCUAGAGGAGACCCCGAGGCCCUUUGGAACAGCUUGCAGCCGGGCGACUCCCUUCGUGUUAUAGUCUUAGGCGUGAAGCAGCAGCAGCAGCAGCAGCUGCUGCUGCUGCAGCAGCAGCAGCAGCAGCAGCAGCAGCAGCAGAGGCUGCGGCAGGGGUUCAGCAGGGGAGAACCCAACCAGCUGGAGCUGAUCGUACAGCCGAAGAUAGAUGAACUGAGUGACCCCACAACUGUCUCCUCGGGUGUCUCCGCAGGUGUCUCCUCAGGUGUCUCCGCAGGUGUCUCCUCAGGUGUCUCCGCAGGUGUCUCCUCAGGUGUCUCCGCAGGUGGUGUAAGCCCCCUUUGUGCAUUGUUUAUGAUGCUGCUGGAGAAAGAGAAAAUAAAAACAACAGAAGAAGAAGUAAUGGGGAGACUGCUGCAGCAGGAUGCGUCUCCUUGGGUUCACUUCCUUUCUCCCCCAACAGCAACAUGGGUGGUGCCGGCCUAUCCUCGUGGUUUGUGGGGUUUGGUGGGGGCCCCCCCGAGGGGCCCCCUAGGGUCCGCUAUGGGUAUUCCUAUGGGGGCCCCCACAACCCCUGUGGGGGGUUCAGUGCCUGGGGGGGGCCCCCCACCUCGCCGGUACCCCGGCGGUGUCAGUGACCUGAGGGCCCCCCCGAGCAUGCGGGCCCUUCGCUGCUCGCUUGUGGGUAUUCUCCCCAGCAGAGAAGCUGCAGUUCUUGAGGUUCUUGCAGCUGAGGACGAGUGGCAUGAGGCGGUCAAAGGGUUGGGGGCCCCCCGUGGGGGCCCCUCUCCUGGGGGGCCCCACAAGACACCAAAAAACACAGCAGUUGUGGGAGAGGAGAGGGGAGAGAUGAAGGAGAAAGUGUGUGUGUUGGGGGGCCCCUUCUCUAUAAGGAGGCUGAGAGGGCCCUUCGGCUGCAGCAGCAAAAAAGAUAUGCCGGCGGGGCCCCUGGCCCCUCACCUUAGGCUCUUUGAGCAGCGGCAGCUGGCGCAGCAGCAGGAGCAGCACCAGCAGCUGCUGCAGCAGAUACAAAGACACCACGAGGAACUCGCAAAAGAAAGAAUUCUACGCAAGCAGCAACAACAGCAGCUGCUGCAGCAGAUACAAAGACACCACGAGGAACUCGCAAAAGAAAGAAUUCUACGCAAGCAGCAACAGCAGCAGCAGCAGCAGCAGCAGCAGGAAGAGAUGGAGCCAGAGGGGCGGGGAGCAGCAGAAGAACGACGCAUGCAGCAGCAGCAAAAACGAGGGAAUACUCGGCCUCUCCGAAGCCACAGCAGCAGCAGCAGCAGCAGCAGCAGCAGCAGCAGCAGUAUCGGUGCGAACGAGGACAGCAUCCGGGGUCCAAGACAUAGCAGCACCCAGCAGCAGCAGGAAGAGCAGCAGCCAGAGGGGCGGGGAGCAGCAGAAGAACGACGCAUGCAGCAGCAGCAAAAACGAGGGAAUACUCGGCCACUCCGAAGCCACAGCAGCAGCAGCAGCAGCAGCAGCAGCAGCAGCAGCAGCAGUAUCGGUGCGAACGAGGACAGCAUCCGGGGUCCAAGACAGAGCAGCACCCAGCAGCAGCAGGAUGAUCAGCAGCAGCAGCAGCAGCCAGAGCAGCAGGAGCAGCGCCGGCUGCAUGCACUGCAGCAGAUGCUGCAGCGUAUCCCGGUGAAGCCUUUAUGGUUGGCUUUCUAUGCCUGA